UCAAAAUCUGACGGAAAAACCUCAAAAUCCUUGCCUACUUGCGACCUUUACCAGACGAUAGCAACUGCAGACGUAACAACAGUCUAAUACUUAGCAACGCGUUUCCAAGAUGGCGACUUUGUGACGACUGAGAAAAAAGUAGGAAAACAAACGCCAAGAUGAGUCGACGGUCAGGCAGUAGCAGGAGGGACAAAGACAAGCCCCCUCCUCCAAAAGGACCGGGGUCAGUCAUCAAAUCUCUCCCCAGAACUGUUCUACAGUUCAUGGACACUUCGGACGGACACAUUCGCAUGAACUUCUCAACCUGCAACAUGAAGGCACUACCGGAGGAGGUGUGUGAAAACGAGGAGCUAGCGAUGAAAACAAAAUAUCUGGACGCUCAGAAUAACAGGCUACGCCGCCUGCCCAAAGGCAUCGGCCGGCUGGAGUCUCUACGAAGCCUGGACGUCACCAACAACACCGUCCGCGCGAUCCCGGGCUCCGUAUCCAAGCUGAAGUACCUCACGUCAAUCGAGGCCUCCACCAAUCAAAUCAAAAGCCUCCCAAAAACCAUCCACAAGGCAUCAGCUUUAACAACGGUCAACGCCUCGGGCAACAAGCUGAAAACGUUACCGAAGAACAUCGGAUCGUCUACGUCUAUUACCUACAUUGACGCUUCCAGUAACACCAUCAAGACUCUACCGAAGAGCAUUUACAAACUGCACUCGUCCGUCAACGUGUCCAAUAAUCAGCUACGGACACUGCCGGCGGUACUCGCGAAGGGAACGUGCUCCAUCAAUGUGAUCGAUGCUUCCCGCAACUUGAUUCACACCCUUCCCGAAGGACUGGACAAGCUGCAGCGGUUGGUCUCGUUGAACCUCUCUCACAAUCAACUGGACUGUAUCCCUCCCACUAUCGGCACUCUGAGGUAUCUCGAGUUCUUGGACUUGUCGCACAACCAGUUAGACUUCCUCCCCGAGGACAUCUGCAACCUCAGGCACUGCCUGGUCACCCUCCACGCCAGCCACAACCGCCUGACGCAACUUCCGGACCAGAUCCACAACCUCAGGAAGAUCCACGUGCUCGACUUCUCCGAGAACAAGUUGACGUCCCUCCCGGCGAAGUUCGGUAAGACGGAUUCGGUGGUGAGUCUGGACUUGUCGCACAACCAGCUGAAGUCAGUAGACAGGCUGAUAGGAAUGGGGAAGCUGGAGAGUCUGAACGCGUCUCACAACAUCCUAGCGUCGCUGCCAGAAGGCAUAGGCACCCUGGUCUCCCUACGUGUCCUCGACGUCGCCCAUAAUGAAAUCAAGGAGAUGCCCGCGAAGAUCGGAGGACUAAGACUCCUUAAGGUCGUGGACGUGUCGCACAACAAGCUGGAGACCCUUCCCGACACGCUCGGGGACGAUCAGCUUCUGUCGCGGCUCAAUGCUUCCCACAAUGCCCUGGUCGCCCUCCCGACCAACAUGCGGAAGUUGCGGACGCUGGACUCGCUAGACGUGUCCAGGAACAAGCUGGAAGCUCUGCCGGAGCCGUUCCACUUCCUACGGUCCUUGUCGUUCCUGGACGUGUCGGACAACAAACUGCCGGUCCUGACCGCACCACGGUCCCUCACGUGCCUCAAGGUUGCCGGCAAUCCUCUCCGACUUCCCACGAGGGUAGCCGGAGACAACAAGUCGCUGAUCGUUCGGAUCGGCGACGACCUCCGAAGUCUGACCGAGCUCGACAUCUCGAACAUCGAGCUGACCACGCUGCCGACCACCAUCUGUAAUCUCCGCUUCCUGGAGAAGUUCAACGCGCGCAACAACAAGCUGAGCAGCCUACCGCCGAACUUCCACCGACUCCGCCAGCUGCAGCACCUGGACCUGGCGCACAACGAGCUCACUGCCCUCCCGCCGAAACUGGGGGACUUCGCCUACCUGUCCCACCUCGACACGUCCAACAACCAGGUCGACGAGUUCAUGCCGUCUCUCGUGAAGCUGCGAUCCUUGCAGUACCUCAACUUCUCCAACAACAAGCUGACGUCACUUCCGGACAACUUCGGCACGCUCAGCCAGCUAACGACGUUAGACUUGUCAGCCAAUCAGCUUCCAGAGCUCCCCAACGACCGCAUCGACAUCCUGGCGUCUCUCCUGGUCCUGAACGCCUCCGGGAACCAAGUGACGGCCAUCCCCAUGGACAUGCCGUACCUGUACCGCAUACAGGUGCUCAACCUCUCGGCGAACGUCAUCAAAGCUCUCCCAGGGGACAUCUGGAGGAUGAAGUCCCUCACGACCCUUGACCUGUCGGACAACAUGCUGGAGGGUAUCCCAGAAUCCGUCACGAAGCUCCCGUCUAUCAAGUCGGUGGACAUCUCCAACAACAAGAUCCGGAGUUUCCCGAAGACCAUGGAGAAGCUCCGACAGAAGGCGUCAGUCAACACCUCCGACCAAGAUCCCAACAAGAAAGAGCCUGAGACGCUCUUAGCCAAGAAACUCGAGGAAGAGAAGAAAGCAGAGAAGGCGAAACCAGGGAGUGCCGGCGGACGACCCAAGUCGGCGAAGCGCCCAGGUGCCAAGGCGGGUAAAGGGAAGAAGGGCGCGGCGGCGAAGAAAGAACCAAGCGCCAGCGUGAACAUCGCGCUCACCGAGAACAUGGGUACACAAGACACCGGUCCUCCUCAGGCGAUGCCCGCGCCAUUGGAAGCAACCGCAUAGGCAGCCUCCAAAUUAUGACAACUAUUGGUCUACAAAUAGACCCAAAGUUAAAUGAAAUUUGCAAUUAAACUUGUACAGGCCGACGUGAAGCUCGAAUACUCAAGCCACGGAAGGUGACUGCCCGCUGCCAUGUCUGCAUGGUUUGGGACUACCUGUGGGAAACCAUCCCCGGCCUCGUUUUGGUGUAAGUUCACGCUCGUUCUCGCCAGGCUGUGUGCUCUCGCGAGAGCACAUUUCAAAAUGGCGUCCGUAUUUCGAAAUGGGUCUAUUGGAAGGUUGGUACUACUGGGUCCAUGUCGCAAAUCAGAACCCAAGAAACUUUGAUUCAACACCGAGCACACAUGGACAGUUGGUUUGAUACAAUUUUCAGAAAAUCCAUUCUGAGAUUUCAAGCGAUACGAAAAGUAUACUCAUAUGAUCAGUGGGGCAUCAAACUUGUGAAUGUACAAAGCAGUACCAGCAAAAUGACUAAUUAGAAUUCAAACAAGUGGCUCAGAACUUUGUAUUUGGGUUAGAUAAUUCUAUACAAAUCAAGAUUUCUUGGUGACAAAUGUAUCUUAACUAAUCAAGAAUGCAUUGUUAACCAUAUUUCAACUAGAAAUUCAGACUGUAAAGCUAUUUUGUGUUCACCGACAAUAUAUAAAAAGAUAUAAAAAAAGUGUAAAGCUAACUCAUGAUUGAAAACCACAAAGUUAUAUUUCUAUGUUAAGAUUUAUCACAAGGU